AUGCUCAUCUACAAGGAUAUCCUGACCGGCGACGAGAUCAUCUCCGACUCGUAUGACCUCAAGGAGGUUGAUGGCGUCGUCUACGAGGCCGAUUGCAAGAAGAUCACCGUUGGAGGCGAGAGCUUCGACACUGGAGGCAAUGCCUCUGCUGAGGAGCAGGAGGAAGGUGUCGAGGACACCGUCGAGCAGAAGAUCGAUGUAGUCUACUCUUUCCGCCUCAACGAGACUGGCUUCGACAAGAAGGGCUACCUCACAUACCUCAAGGGCUACAUGAAGGCAGUCAAGGCAGCUCUUGAGAAGGACGGCGCCGAUGCAGCCGCUAUCAAGGAUUUCGAGACAAAGGCCGGCGCCUACGCAAAGAAGAUUAUUGCCAACUUCAAGGACUACGAGUUUUACACUGGCGAAUCCAUGGACCCCGAUGGCAUGAUUGUCCUCCUCAACUACCGUGAGGAUGGCACUACUCCCUAUGUUACCGUCUGGAAGCACGGUCUCAAGGAGAUGAAGGUUUAA